UGUCAUGUCAAUAACAGCAGUUGCGGCGGAUUGUAUUGUAUCGCAAAGGCUAAACAAAUAGACGGAGAACCAACAGAAAUUCACAGAAAACAUAAAUAUGUAUUGUUCCGCUUAUAAAGAAACGAUUUAAACACGCGUUCAAGGCCAGUGAGGUAACGUUUGGCGGAAUAUAAGACGCGAUUCACAGCUAGCGCACUGCUAUGACGAGUCCAGCUGUAUGACUUUGAAAGAUUUCUUACUGAAGACAUAAUGUUGUCAUCUUUGUAUCUAAUUCAUAAUUAAAAUAACAUAUUCGCUUUUAAUUCAGAGAACAGUAAGGAUUUGUAUGUGUGCUGUUAAAUGGGUGUUGUCCUGCUAGCAAAAGGGCGAUGACGGUACAGCAUGACACAGCAGGCUGUUGAUUCCAGAAACAGAGCUCAUGCCACUGACUAAAACUCGAAUCAAACACACAAGAUCUUCAUUAGCUAGCUUGGGAUUCAGAGAAAUGCUAACAGAAAACAGAAAGCGUCAGCGGGCUGAAGGUUAUGAUGAAGAUGUCUCGAUGCCUCAUGCCAAACGACUGAGUUCUGCCCUCAAGACCACUGAAGCUGCCCGAGAAUCGUGGGAGUCCGAGUCUUCCAGUAGCGAGUGCAGUUGGAUGAGCAGUCCGGAGCACGCCGCUGGGAGCAGCAGCAGUUCUGGAGUAGACGUUUUGGGACCUCACUGUGGCCUCGGGCCCUGCAGUCCCCUCAGUGCCUCUAUGCAGCCGGACCCAGUCCGCCUGCUCUCCUACCUGCACAUCAACAGCGUCCUGAGGGAAGCCCACUUCAACAGCUUGCAGAGCCGAGCUCAUUCAAAGCACAGUUGACUUUCAGGGAUUCUUUACACUUAUAUCCAUUCCAAGCCCUAGAAGACAGGGUACAACUCCCACAUUCUUAUUUACAACUGCUCCUUCUGUCUACAUCUCUCUCCUGGAGGUCAUGUUAUGCGAAAUCGUCUUUCAAUGGAAAAUAUGCGCUGGGACUGUAAACUUAUCGACUAACUAGAGCACAGAAGUGUUCAUUGUAAGCAAGCAAUAACAGCAAGGUGACUAUGAUGCAAACUUUUGUGACAUUCACACUGUGUAUUUUUCUUCUUCAAUUAGCACAGAGAGCUGGAUUCAGAAUAAAUGCACAGUUUGUGGGGAUUGGAUUUGGGAUGUUGUAUUUAUUUAUUGUUUUUAAUUAAUGAUCAUCGGAUAUGUGAUGCAGCCAAUGUGACAAUUCAGCUUUGCACAAUUAGGUGGUAGACACAAAGCAAGAGAAUAACCAAUACAAUGCACUUCUGGCUGGUUUGUAAAUGUCAUUGGAUUGCUGUAACUAAUGCAUACAUAAUCAUGUCAAGAGAAUAUCAAAGGCUGUGCACUGACCGUAAUAUAGUGAAAAUCUUGGCUCAAAGGCAUUGAGAAUUUUAGAAUCUUCUCCACCUAUCCAUCAUUAAAGCUGACUGCCCAUCCAGA